GAUGUUUCAAAUUAAAGAACUAAACUAACAAACUAGAUAGACACAAGGACGACGGAUUUAAUAACAAGCCAAUUAAUUGAUCACCUAACAUGAGUUGGCUAGUGUACGUACGUCUUUCCUGCCAUUCAACAGUGGUGUGCCGAUGUAAUCCCCUAACGGAUGGCAUGACACCAAUGGCGGGUCGACCCAAAGCUUUUUCAAACGGGCAGGUACGGGUAAGCGGGUUGGUUAGGAUGGACACACGAUCAUUAUAUACUUGCAUUACAAAAAACAUGGAAUUGACAAGCAUUUUUUACGGGAUUCUUCAAAAUUGGAAGAGAUAUGUCAAUCCAUGCAAAAGACAGUUUGACACGAGCUAUUUGACACGAAAUUAUUAAUAAUAUAAAUACGUAUAAUCUACUUACUAGUUACUAUCUUUGAAGAUCGAAUAGAAUAUUCAAAAUCUGAUCAACCGGUAAACUAAUGCGGGUUUGGAUUUACACUUCUAGUUCUCGAUUAAUUAUUCAGCGGAUGAUUAUAAAUAGCAAAUUUGCGUAGAAAAAGACAGGGUAAAACAGGGUUUGCGGCUCUGAAGUUAGAUAUGAGCAAGGCAUAUGACCGAGUUGAAUGGGAGUUUUUAGAGGGGAUGAUGAGACGUCUUGGGUUUGCGGAGAGAUGGGUGAGGAUAAUUUUGGAGUGUGUUUCCUCAGUAUCUUACUCAAUCCCCUUUGAUGCUACAGAGUUGGGCCCGAUUUAUCCUACUAGGGGUCUUCGUCAAGGUGACCCGUUAUCACCGUAUCUCUUUCUUCUGAUAGCGGAAGGCUUAAGUGCUCUUAUUAGCAAACAUGAGGCUUGCGGUAGGAUUCAUGGCGUGGCAGUGGCGCGAAGAGCACCUCGAAUUUCCCAUUUAUUUUUUGCUGAUGAUAGUUUGCUUUUUUUCCAGGCCUCACAAGCUGAAGCUUUGACCAUACGGGGGAUUUUACAAGCAUAUGAAUCAGCCUCGGGUCAAAUGAUAAAUUUCAAUAAAUCUAAAUUCUUUUUUAGUGCCAAUGUGACAGACUAUGUUAAGAAGGAGCUGACUGAUUUGCUGCAAGUUGGAUAUGCCGGGGAGGAGGAGAGGUACUUGGGCUUACCGGCGUUGUUUGGGAAAGGUAAAAGGGAGAUCCUUGGGUAUUUGAGGAAUCGAGUAAUUAAAAAACUCCAGAACUGGAAUAAUAGAUUUCUUUCGAAGGCUGGGAGGGAGAUUCUUUUGAAAACAGUUAUUCAGGCCAUGCCGACUUACGCAAUGAAUGUUUUCCUUUUACCCGUUGACCUCUGUCGAGAAAUUGAAGUAAUAAUGAAUGGGUAUUGGUGGAAUGGUCAUGCUGGGAAAGGGAUUCGCUGGAGGAGCUGGGAUUUUCUGUGUAGACCAAAAACAGUAGGGGGGAUGGGGUUCAGGAAGGUCAGGGAGUUUAAUUUGGCUAUGUUAGCUAAACAGGCUUGGAAGCUCUUAACAGAAACAGAAACUUUGGCUGCAAGGGUUUUUCGUGCAAGGUAUUAUCCAGGCGGUUCUUAUCUAACGGCAAAAAUUGGGAAUAACCCCUCAUUCAUCUGGAGAAGUCUGGUUGAGGUGCAGAAAAUUACAGGGGAAGGAGUUAGAUGGCGGGUUGGGGAUGGGAGCUCCAUUAACAUCUGGAGAGAUCCCUGGUUGCCUGAUAAGGAUAAUCCUAGGGUCUCAUCGGAGUGUUUUCAUGGUCUAGAGGGAGCUUCAGUUGCUGGUCUUUUCAAACCUUUAAGGGCAGGUUGGGAUGAGGAUAUAUUGGUGGAUCUCUUCAAUGCUAGAGAUCGUGAACUUAUAAAAAGAAUCCCAGUGAGUAACAGGUCGGUGACAGAUCGCUUGGUCUGGGCGGGGGAGCAAAACGGCAGCUUCACGGUGAAGAGUUGCUAUAGGAGGAUUACAGGGGAUAUUUUUCCGGUUGGUUGGGUGGGAUGGACGGCCAUGUGGCGAUUUAAUUUACCUCCUAAAAUGAAAUCCUUUUUUUGGCAGGUAUGUACCGGUUGUCUCCCUACAACGGAGAAUCUAAGACGAAGGGGUGUGGCUUGUGAGAUCAAAUGUGGACUCUGUGGCCAGGAUGGAGAUGAAUCCUUGCUUCACCUAUUUGUAAAGUGCCAAGUUGCUAGAGAAGCAUGGGGGACAGUUCGUUGGCUGGAGGUGGGCCAAUUAGCUCAUGACUUUUUGGAAUGGCUUGAAUUGAAUUUUAAGGUGCUAAAGAAAGAAGACAUUGCUGGGAUUAUCUCUGGCUGUUGGGGGCUGUGGGGAGAACGAAAUCAAAGAGUGUGGAAAAUGAGGAAUCUCAGUGGGUUGCAGGUGAUGUUAAAGACCAGGUCAUAUGUUGACAGUUGGGUUAAAGUGCAGCAACCAACAUCACUUUUAAGGAGUAAACUCACCGCUAGCGCAAUUCACUGGCAGCGACCUGGUGCAGGGAGGCGGAAGGUUAAUGUCGAUGCCUCAACCGGGGGAGAGAGAUGCGGGUUCGGAUGGGUUGUAAGAGAUAGCUAUGGAAUAUUUUUGGCAGGUGGAUGUACUUCAGGGUCCGGUAAGUUUACCCCUCUCGAAGCUGAACUUAUGGGUGUGAGGGAAGCUCUCAGUUGGCUUAAGGCUCAACAAUGGGAUUUUAUUGAUGUGGAAUCUGAUUCUCUUCUAGCUAUUCAAGAAAUUCAAAGGGGUUCAAGUUUAUCUUAUUCUGGAAUUUUAGCCGAGGAUAUACGAGAUUUGAUGACUAACUUUGUUAGUAUUAUUUUUUCUCAUGUUCGACGAUCAGCGAACCGAGCAGCUCAUGCGAUGGCUAAGGCAGCGGGUUCUUUGUCUGAUAGUCAUGUUUGGUUUUUUACUUCCCCUCCUUUUGUUACUGAUGUACUUGAUUAUGAUUUGAUUAAUAGCAAUUAAUUUUAUUUUCCGCAAAAAAAAAAAAAAAGAAGAAUAAAACCGGAAUUGUAAUUUUGUGAUUUUGGCCCAUGUAAAAUAGUACAAUAUUAAGUUGUUCCUUU